AUGCGACCGCUGGAUGUAUAUGUGCAACAAGACCGAAUGCUGUCUUUUUUUAAUACACACCCUCACCAUUUGGAAAUAUUAAAAUGACUCUGGAUGCUCUGGGAAUCAUAUAAAGGAUUUUCUAAAAAAGCUGUUUGGUCGUUCCUCUCUCUCCGCAUUGCAUGCCUUUGGACGUGAACUGUGUUAUUGUCUCCAAAAGGUGAGUCCUGUACGGAUAAUCAUGAAGCAGACCCACUUUUACGCGGAUAUCACUUCGCUUGCACUGGAGAGGGGGCAUCCGUAUCUCCAAAAGGCUGAUGUUUAAUUGCUUUUAAGCCCACCACCAAGAGAGGGAGAGAAGGGGGAUUACGGUAUUUUUCGGAGCCUGGUGAAUUUACCCUGUGGAUAAACUGAACUUGCCGAUAGUCUGCUGGCUUUAAUCUGCUCUGUAGUCCUCUAUUCUUUGGGCUCUGGCUUCAGACUAAGUGGAAAUCAAGCAAUUUCAACGCGCCUCGUCCUCAGUGAUGGUAAUGAUGAUGAUGAUGAUGAUGUUGAUGAUGAUGGUGAAGCGCAGGACGGAUCUGGAGUGGAUAUCGACGGCCUAGGAAUGCCAUCCAGACGCUCUUGUUGAAUGCGGAUAGCGAUGCCGCGGCAAAGGAUGGGCCCUCUCUUCUCGGCCGCCUGCGUCGUGCUCCUGGCCCUGAACGCCGUGUCCUCCGCCUCGGUCGGUAACCCCGAGGAUUACGCCGCGGACGAGGCGGAGCGGACCGCCGCUGACAAUAUCGUCUUCGAUGACUACCGGGGGAAAGGCUGCGUGGACGACAGCGGCUUCGUUUACAAACUCGGGGAGCGCUUCUUCCCGGGACACUCGAACUGUCCGUGCGUGUGUACGGAGGACGGGCCGGUGUGCGACCAGCCCGAGUGCCCCAAGAUCCACCCCAAGUGCACCAAAGUGGAGCACAAUGGAUGUUGCCCUGAGUGCAAGGAGGUUAAAAACUUUUGCGAGUACCGGGGGAAAACGUACAAAAUCCUGGAGGAAUUCAAGCCGUCACCUUGUGAGUGGUGCCGCUGCGAACCAAAUAAUGAGGUGCACUGUGUGGUGUCUGACUGCGCCGUCCCGGAGUGCGUCAACCCCGUGUACGAGCCAGAGCAAUGCUGUCCCAUCUGUAAAAACGGUCCAAAUUGCUUUGCUGGAACAACGAUCAUCCCAGCCGGAAUCGAAGUGAAGGUGGACGACUGCACCAUCUGCCGCUGCCACAACGGGGACUGGUGGAAGCCGGCACAGUGCUUGCGGCGGGAGUGCCUCAACGGCCAGUCGUUGUCAUAG